CAGUAGCAUCUCGUUCCUACUACCUACCUUAAUUAACAAAUGGGUGGGCGCUGUUCUUCUUCCUCGUCCCCAAAUCGAAGGGAGAGAGAAAUAGAGAUUACAGAUCCUUGCCUGCCUAGUUGCUCCGACCCGUAGCCUGCAGUUCGAUUCGUGGAGAAAAACGACGCCGCCGCCGCCGCCGCUGCGGGCAUGGACUUCGUGGAUCGGUUGGGGCCGGACGCCUCCGCCGCCGUCUUCGCGGUGCUCCGUGACCCCGCCGACCUCGCCCACGCCGCCGCCGUCUCCCGCUCGUGGCGCACCCUCGUAAUGGUGGUUCACAUGAGCAAGAUCCAGUGCCUGAGACUGUGUCCUGAGGUCGCCAGCUUCACCCGGAUUGAACUCGAACAGCCAACCAAUUCUGCCAGUGGUAGCGACAGUGGCGUAAAUGAAGAAGAUGCUGGAUCAACUGCUGCUACUACUACUUGGGAAAACUACAAGACAGAGAAAAUGGUGUACAUGCAUCUCGUCCAUGCUCUUUUCUCCCCUCACACUUGGAUGAGCUGCAUUACUGCCUGCUUAGGAGCAUCCAGCACCGACAAUUUCCCAGGUGAGAGCAUCCAAAAUACCCUUGAGCCUAGGGAACGCGUGAACAAUUGGCCAUGUUACUGGUCCAGCGGAGGCCAAGAGGAUCCUGCAGUCCCGGAGUUUCUUGUGUACAAGCUUUGCUCAGAUCUUUGUCUCAUCGAUGAGAUCAGGAUACAACCAUUCAGAGCUUAUUUCCAGCGUGGCCUCCCGAUAUAUUCAUCACAGUAUGUUCGCUUCAAGUUUGGCUGUCCAAAGUUGCCUCUACGACUUGAAGAUCUUGUAUCUGAAGAGAAUGAAGGGCAGCUGACAGCUGAUGACAACUAUAUUUGGAUGUAUACAUCCUCGGAAUUCCCAAUGUUGCAGAAAAAUGUUUUGCAAUCUUUCAAGCUACCACGCCCAGUUUUAUGCAUUGGUGGAGUGGUGAAGGUUGAGUUUCUCGGGAGGAUUCAGAAACAGCGGGAGGAUGAUCAGUACUACAUAUGCGUGUCCCAUGUCCAAGUGUUGGGAACUCCGUUGCCACGAGAAUUUGGGGCAGCUCCAUGCCAGAAUGGUCCAGUCCUCAAGUACUAUCCAGAUCAUGAACCAUCGGACGACAGCGGAGGGCGAAUCAAUUGGAAGGGCUUUGAAGAGAGUAUGUGGCGGGCACUUGUAAUUAAUGGUCAAGGAAUUGGAUUGAACCAAGAGCUGUUGAGCAGGCUGUUAGGCCCUUCGUUGCAACUUGCGGUGGAAGAAGAGAGAAUGGCCAAGGCGAAGCGAAGGAGGUCACUCACCCAUUACCUUAGAAGGUUCUCUGGCAUGUAGUCUGUUAUGCGCCAGACAACUUCAUAGUUUGUUUUGUCAUGCCAGACUACUGGCGCAACCCAAAUUUCGUCCCGUUCAUUUCCUGCUGCUGGAUAAGAGAGUGUAUAUGACAGGGAAUGAGAUGAAAUGUGGCAAGAUGGUGCCUCUAGAGAAUUGAAAUAUGGUAUAAUUGAGUGGUACUAGUAGCAGACUUGACACUUGUGUUGUUUGUUUGUUGCAACUAUGGUAGAAUGCAGCGCGUCCUGUUGUUUAUGCAUUGUAAAUAUGGCAGAAAAUGCUGUUAUAAAAACAUAUUCAGAGAAA